CUUUCUCCGAGUUACGUGAACAAUGCGUUCCGGAGACAUUCGCGUAACUUGGAUUUUCGCCCGGAGUCUAGCUUCCACGUAUGCGAUUGCCAAGGAGAGACCUCACGGGCAGAUCGUAUGAUGGCAGCGUACUUCGAAGUGGAAGGUUAUGGUCCUGCUAAGGAGCCUUUGUUGUCGAAGGAGGAUCAACGUGCGAUGUCGAUUCUGCAAAACAACACAAAACACGUCGACGGGCGGUACACCACGGGCUUACUCUGGCGGAGCGACAACGUUUUCAUGCCAGAAAACCGUCAAAUGGCUCUAUCUAGGAUGGAGUGUCUGGAGCGUAAGAUGAGCCGAGAUACGAGCCUUGCGGAGAAAAUUAACGCGAUACUAGAGGACUACUUGGAAAAGGGCUAUGCUAGACCGAUAAGAGAGGAUGAGCUGAUGACAUGCUUACAAGUGUGGAAACGGAACCAGAAGCGAUUGAGCUGGCGUAUCAGGUGAGCUUAAUUCACAAUAAUGCUGAAUUUUCUCUCUACAAUUGAAGAAGUAGAAGAAGUGGAUCAAAACCUACCUCCCCACCCUGGUCAGAAGGACGAAAUGGUUCGAGCCGUGCAAGCCUAUCGAGACCGGAAAUGUUGUCCUAAUCGUGGACGAAAACAGCCCGCGAAACUUUUGGCCGAGAGGAAGGGUGGAACGCGUAGUCCCAUCCAAAGACGGAGUCAUUCAUCGGGUCGUCAUCAAAACAGCGAAAGGAACGAUGCUGGAGAGGCCAGUGGUGAAGCUGGUAUCGCUGAACGUCGCGCCGAGGGUUAUCGUUUGACGACGUCGAAACGCCUGGUGGACUGUCACUUAUGGUGACGACGCGAUCGUUCGAGGAUCGACAAGGAGCGUCCGUACUUCAGCUAGCGGCCGCUAGAGGUCUCGGUCUGGACGAUAAACGUUCGGACUGAACG